UUGAGGGCUUUUUCCCGCGGGAUCAGUGAUCGCUGCGUGUUUGUUUACAGCGUGGUUCUCUGAACCUUUGAUGUUCAACAAGUAAUCGAUACUGAGAUCAGCCGUCAGUGACGUAAAGGUGCUGAUGGACUCCCUGCAGCUGUUCCUGGAUCAGUUCCAACCCAGCGGGGAAGCUGAGACCGGCUGGUUAAAGCAGGUGUUCAGAUUUGUCUCACAACACCUGGAGCUCUCUGGACACGCCCCUCUACCUGCUGGUGACGUAAUGACAGGUGUGUGUGUGGUGAAGAAGAUCCAAGAGAACAUGUGUGUGACACACCUGUUACCUGUGAGCUACAGACUAGUGUCCAUCUCUGAGCUGCUCUCUCAGCAGCACCUGGCCUGUGUCAGCAACACGUCCUGGAGCACCAAUCAGCAGCGAGCGUGGGAAAAGGAGGCGGAGCUUUCUCUGCCGGGUCACCUGGCUCUGCCGAGGGUCAAUCUGCUGCUGAUUGGCUGUCUGAGAGGGGGAAGGGCCGGAGAGUGGAGGCUGACGGACGCCAGCGGCAGCGUCAGGUGUGAGGUGAGUCAGUGGGACGUGAUGCGUUCAGGUGUGAGGUGA